UGCAGGGAGGCGGUGGCGGCUGCGGGUCCCGGUCCCCGGUCCCCGGUCCCUCGCCCUCUCCUCCGACUGCCCAGCCCGGGGAGGGGGGAGUCACGAUGUCCGGCAGCCGCCAGGCUGGCCCCGGCGCUGCUGGGACAGGGCCCGGCUCCUCCGCGGCCUCCUCAGUCACUUCCGCCUCGUCGUCCUCGUCGUCGUCGUCGCCGUCGCCCCCGUCCCUAACGGCGGUGGUGGCCGCUGCGGGGUCCAGCGGGGCCACCGGCUCCGGGGGCCUCGGGGCCACCGUGCGGCCUCUGCUGGUGGCCGCCGCCGUGUCGGGCUCGGGCGGCGGAGGAGGCGGGGGCGGGGGCGGUGGGGCGCUGGCCGCGGGCCUCUCCCGGCUCGGGGGCUCGAGCAGGCCCGGGAGCGCCGUCAACGGCGGCGGCGGGGGCAGCUCGGGCAGCGGCAGCAGGAAGCGGCCUCUGCUCACCCCGCUCUGCAAUGGGCUCAUCAACUCGUACGAGGACAAAAGCAACGACUUCGUCUGCCCCAUAUGUUUUGAUAUGAUUGAAGAAGCAUACAUGACGAAGUGCGGCCACAGUUUCUGCUACAAAUGUAUCCACCAGAGCCUGGAAGACAAUAAUAGGUGUCCCAAGUGUAACUAUGUUGUGGAUAAUAUCGACCAUCUUUACCCUAAUUUCUUAGUGAAUGAACUCAUUCUCAAACAGAAGCAAAGAUUUGAGGAAAAGAGGUUCAAGUUGGACCAUUCAGUGAGUAGCACCAAUGGCCACAGGUGGCAGAUAUUUCAAGAUUUAUUGGGAACUGAUCAAGAUAACCUUGACUUACCCAAUGUCAACCUGAUGCUGGAACUACUUGUGCAAAAGAAAAAACAGCUGGAGGCAGAAUCACAUGCUGCCCAAUUACAGAUCCUUAUGGAAUUCCUCAAGGUUGCAAGGAGAAAUAAAAGAGAGCAACUGGAACAGAUCCAAAAGGAGCUAAGUGUUCUGGAGGAGGAUAUUAAACGAGUGGAGGAAAUGAGUGGUUUGUACUCCCCUGUCAGUGAAGAUAGUAAAGUGCCUCAGUUUGAAGCUCCCUCUCCAUCACACAGUAGUAUUAUUGAUUCCACAGAAUACAGUCAACCUCCAGGUUUCAGUGGGAGCUCUCAGACAAAGAAGCAGCCUUGGUACAACAGCACAUUAGCAUCACGACGGAAACGCCUCACUGCUCAUUUUGAGGAUUUAGAGCAGUGCUACUUUUCUACAAGGAUGUCUCGGGUCUCAGAUGACAGUAGAACUGCAAGCCAGUUGGAUGAGUUUCAAGAGUGCCUUUCCAAGUUCACUCGAUACAAUUCAGUUCGACCCUUGGCUACCUUGUCUUAUGCUAGUGACCUCUAUAAUGGUUCAAGCAUAGUCUCCAGUAUUGAAUUUGACCGGGAUUGUGACUAUUUUGCCAUUGCUGGGGUAACAAAGAAGAUCAAAGUAUAUGAAUAUGGGACAGUCAUACAGGAUGCAGUAGAUAUUCAUUACCCUGAAAAUGAAAUGACCUGCAAUUCCAAAAUCAGCUGUAUCAGCUGGAGUAGUUACCAUAAAAAUCUGUUGGCCAGCAGUGAUUAUGAAGGCACAGUCAUCCUGUGGGAUGGAUUCACAGGACAGAGGUCAAAGGUCUACCAGGAGCAUGAGAAAAGAUGCUGGAGUGUUGACUUUAAUUUGAUGGACCCAAAACUUUUGGCUUCAGGUUCUGAUGAUGCAAAAGUGAAACUGUGGUCUACCAACCUGGACAAUUCAGUGGCGAGUAUUGAAGCCAAGGCAAAUGUGUGUUGUGUCAAAUUCAGCCCUUCUUCUAGGUACCAUUUGGCUUUUGGCUGUGCGGAUCACUGUGUCCAUUACUAUGAUCUUCGCAACACUAAACAGCCCAUCAUGGUGUUCAAAGGACAUCGAAAGGCGGUUUCCUAUGCAAAGUUUGUGAGUGGGGAGGAAAUUGUUUCUGCGUCAACUGAUAGUCAGCUGAAAUUGUGGAAUGUAGGGAAACCACACUGUUUGCGUUCCUUCAAGGGCCAUAUCAAUGAAAAGAAUUUCGUUGGAUUGGCUUCCAAUGGAGACUACAUAGCCUGUGGUAAGUCACAGUUAAAGUA